AUGGGAUGCCAGUGCUCUACAUUUGAUCGCAAUAAUGAGACCAGGAUUGAUUUCUCAGAACCCUUCAUGGAUAUUGUAAAAAGCCAGUCAAGUGAGAAUGAGCUUUUGAUUUAUUCUCGGACAAAUUGUGAACAGUCUAAGGCAGCAAAAGCAUUAUUAAGAAGAAAUAAGAUCAACUUUGAAUAUUUUGAGCUCGAUAACAUGAAUGACGAAGGACAAGUUUUUAACGCACUGCAAACGUUGACUGGAAGACAGUCUACACCUUUUGUGUUUGUAAAGGGAAUAUUCUUUGGGAGUUUAAAAGAGUUGCAGAAAUCUCUUGAAAGUGGACAAUUAGUGAAAGCGCUUAAACAGGAGUAA